AUGGAUGCAGAGGUGAUCGGAUUGUAUGUAAAUACCCGACGCGACGGCGAAAAGGCGGAGAAAAUUCCAACGGGAGUUAUUAUCGAAGCCGAUCGUAAGGGACUGGUAAGCUCUCCCAACACGGCGCUACGUUGGAAAGGCUUUACGCGUUUCCCUAUCCAGAUCCGGUCCUGCGCUCGGCUCGAAAAUAGCUAUACCAUCGCUGUCCCCUCUGUCCCUCGAUCCCUACGCGUUCAAAAAGCCCCUACAACCACAAGCACCACCAUCCCGACCGCAAAGCUAAGCUGCCGCGGCAAAAGUACGAAGCGGGGUACAACCAAGAGAAUAAUGCUGACAAAAACAAAAAAGGCACCCGUAUCGACGGGCACAAUAACCGAGGGCGUCGAGCAAGCCCGUGGCGACGGGAGGGCUAGCAAAUUAGCGAAUAACGGGUCGAUAGAUACAACAUACCCUAACUUCGAAGACCAUCUGCUACAGCAUAUUGACCGAUCGGAAUUCCUCCAGCUGGUACGAGCUCAGCUAGCCGUAGACCGUGGCUCCGAUGCGGGCGCUAAGCCGCUAAAGAACGAAGAUCAUGAACCACGGAAUGUCAUGUACGAUACCGAUCAGGAGAAAGUGAUGAUCGUGAAUUUCGAGCGGUCGAAACUCGUGAACGGGGAAAGUCUGGAUCCCGAUCAACGGAAGCGUAGCAAAACUCAUUUGGCAUGCGAGUUGGAAUCGGCCCUGUACCAUAUGGACGAAUGUAUACAGCGGAAAAUAGAGGAGGAAAAGUGGGAGGAGGAGAGGAAGCAAGAGGACCGUGAGCGACUUUUACGCUGGAAUGGUAAGAUCGCCACCAACCUCUUCCACACAAACGCUUACCUGUCUUCCCACAACCAUACCUUCAUCAAGACCUACCAAUGCAACCGUCCUUCCACCGCGGCAACCAGAAUCGAAGAGAUGGGAUACGGCCAUGCAUCUGGCUACGGACGUGGAUGGGUCCCAACCGACAAGCACCGAAGAGAAUCCAUUCGCGACCGACAAACGAAACCAUCACUACAUCGCGACCCGAAACACGACAAAGCCUCCGUACGAUAUCCUACCACACGAACCGAUUCAUAUAGACCGGCCAAGGGAACAGACAUAGCAUGGCUACAAACACGAAAAAGUCGAUACGGUAGUAGGUGGAACCAUGCGUGCCGGUUCGUCGACAAUCACGGACAGCAGUACCGCUGCAACAAGCAUGAAAGAGAAUCCGUCCUGACCGACAACCCGAACCUCCUUCCCUCGCUACGACAAGCAGAAACGUAUCGUACCAACAAUGUGAAGGCAUUCGGCCGUACGGGGUAA